GUGUCAGUGACGCGGGCGGAAGUCGUCACUCCGUGUCAGCAGACAGGAAAUGGAGAGUGAAGGGGCCUCAUCGAUACAUUAGCGGCGGUGUUUGUGAUCGAUUACUCUGUUGAUGCUGGACUGGAGCUGAUGAACGGAACCCAUGGAGCCCCAUGAGGAGAAGCCCAUCAUCUACACGAUGGAGAACAAGCCCAUAGUGACCUGUGCGGGCGAUCAGAACCUGUUCACAGCUCUGUACGGAUCCCUGACCCAGCAGCUGCCCCGAGAGCCCAUGGAGUGGAGGAGGUCUUACGGACGAGCACCGAAGAUGAUCUACCUGGAGGCUAAUUUUGUCCAGUUUAAGGAGGAGCUGCUUCCUAAAGAGGGGAAUAAAGCGCUGCUGACGUUCCCCUUCCUGCACAUCUACUGGACCGACUGCUGCGACACGGAGGUGUACAAGGCGUCGGUGAAGGAGGACAUGCAGCGCUGGCAGGCCGCUCUGCGUCUGCACGGAUCGGUGGAUUGGCUCAUCGCGGUGGUGGAGAGCGACAACAAGAAGAAGAACAAGACCAACAUCCUGCCGCGCACCUCCAUCGUCGACCGCAACCACAACUACAACAACAACAAGCAGAGCGACAGGUGUGUGUCCCUGUGUGACCCGCUGAAGGAGUCGUCGCGCUCGCAGGAGUCCUGGAGCUCGUUCCUCACCAAGCUGCGCACGCUGCUGCUCAUGUCCUUCACCAGGAACCUGGGCCGCUUCGAGGACGACAUGAGGACGCUGCGAGAGAAACGCACCGAGCCCGGCUGGAGCUUCUGCGACUACUUCAUGGUGCAGGAGGAGCUGGCGUUCGUGUUCGAGAUGCUGCAGCAGUUUGAGGACGCUCUGGUCCAGUAUGAUGAACUAGAUGCUCUCUUCACGCAGUAUGUGCUCAACUUCGGCGCUGGAGACGGCGCUAACUGGCUGGGCUCGUUCUGUCAGCCGGUGCGGAGCUGGAACGGGCUGCUGCUGCGGCGGCCCAUCGACAUGGAGAAGCGUGACCUGAUCCAGAGAGGAGAGGCCAGUCUGCUGGACCUGCGCAGCUAUCUGUUCUCUCGCCAGUGUACCCUGCUCAUCUUCCUGCAGAGACCCUGGGAGGUGACGGCCCGCGCGCUCGAGCUGCUGCACAACUGUGUGCAAGAGCUGCGGCUGCUGGAGGUGUCUGUGGUGAGCGGCGCUCUGGACUGCUGGGUGUUUCUCAGCUGUCUGGAGGUCCUGCACCGGAUCGAGGGCUGCUGCGACCGCAGCCAACUGGAGGCCAACUCUUCUCACACCGUGGGCCUGUGGACCUACGCCACUGAGAAGCUGAGGUCUCUGGGCGAUCUGUGCGGUCUGGUGUCCGAGAACGGCCCGAACUCUGAGGACCUGAACAAAACCGUCGACCUGCUGGCUGGUCUGGGAGCAGAGAGACCCGAAACGGUGAACAGUCCUCAGAGUCCCUAUAAGAAGCUGAAGGAGGCGUUAUCGUCAGUGGAGGCCUUCGAGAAACACUAUCUGGAGCUGUCUCACGCCGCUAUGGAGAUGUACAGGGCAAUCGGGCGCCUGCGUUCGGCUCGGCUGCUGGGGAAGAGUCUGGCCGAGUUCUACAUGAGGAAGGGUGACCCUCAGAGCGCUGAGAACUUCCUGCUGGAUUCUCUGAAGUCGUACGUGUCUGAGAGCUGGAGUCUGCCGCUCACACACACACGCAAACAGAUCGCAGAGUGUCAGAAACAGCUGCAGAAGAUGGACGAAUACCUGCAGACGAGUGCUCUGCUCGCCAGCGACACCAACCUGAGCGAAGAAGAGAGGAGACACUUCUGCCAGGAGAUCCUGACCUUUGCCAGCCAGACCGCAGAGGGCAAAGGUCAACAGAAAGAUGCGCGUGUGGCUCUGAGCAUGAGCUCCGUCACUCGGCUGCAGGAGCUGUGUUUCCGUCCGUCCUCGGCGCUGGUGCACGUGAGCGCCGCCCUGCAGCUGGAGCUGCGUCUCUGCAGUCUGAUGCCCGUCCCUGUGACGCUGGAGCAGAUCGUGAGCAUACACUUCACACAGGAGCAGCCGGGCUCCACGGCUCAGAAACGAGCCGCUCAGAACCAGGACGGCACCGUCACCUUCCCUGCAGCCAGCCCUGCGUCUGCGUCUGCGUCUGCGCUGGAGCUCUGCGAGAUCCUGGAGCACAGUCCGUCUGAUAACACGCUCAGCUCCGCCGGCCUGGCCUGCAGGAACAUGCACCUGCUGAUGCGCCGGAACGACAGCGCCACCUCGCUGGACACACCUAACACAGCACUGACCGCGCUCGCUCUGGAGGACGGAGCGCAGAUGCUGAGGGCCAGUGAUGUCACGCUGUCGCCUGGCAACAACAGCAUCGUCUUCACCGCACCGAGUCAGAAGCCGGGUGUGUACACUCUCCGUCAGCUGUGUGCGACGCUGGGCCGAGUGCAGCUGGUUCUGCCUCAUCUCUACCCUGUGGUUCAGUAUGAGGUUUACUCUCAGGAGCCUCAGCUCAGCAUCCAGCCGCUCACAGAGCACCUGUUGGCUGGUCUGCCGCAGCAGGUGAAGUUCACGAUCCUGACGGGUCACUAUUCGGUGAAGAAGGGCGACGCUCUUCAGCUCAGUAACACUGACUCCAUGCCUGUGCUGCACUCGUCCACACGCAGCGCCCGCAUCCUCAGCAGCAGCGCAGAGCUGGUGGCUGAGAGCGCUCUGUCCAUCCAGUCGUCUGAGAAGGUGACGAGCAUCUCUCUUCCUGUGACGCCGCCGUAUCACACGCUGGAGUUCCUGCUGGACGUUCUGUGUCACAUCCCAUCAUGCCCUGCUCGGAUGGAGAGCGAGCGGCUCACGAACGGACAGAUCAGUCACCGCACACGCAGCCGAACACGCUUCAACAGCGGCAUGACCCUCAUCGACCAGAAGGUGUCUGUCGACUGUCCCUGGUCCAUUUACUCCACGCUGGUCUCUCUGACCUUCCACGUGCCCUUCAAGGUCAAACACUCGCUGCUGUCUGUAGGACGGAGGAAGUUCAUCCAGGUUUGUCUUCAGAAUGUAUCGGACACUAACUUUCGCCUGACCAAUCAGACGCUGACUGAGAAUCAACACACACCAUCACUGGAGCUGCUCUCUCUCAACACUACAACACACAGCCUGGUGUUCAGGCAGCAGUGUGUGUUCAGUGUGUGGGAGCUGCGGUGGAGCGGUGUGUGUCCCGUCUCUCUUCACUGUGAGUUCUCGGCUUCGUUCGCUCCUGCAGACGCUCCAGACGCAGCGCUCAAACCCUACAGAUACCACUUCACUCUGGAGAGAGUUUCGGUGAGUGCAGACAGAUCUGAUCUGAGCCGUGUGUGUAGCUCUGACUGAGACCAGUACCUCCGAACCGGGCGACUCGGACGACUACACGCGUCCCACACGCACCACUACGAACCCAGCGACUCAGACGAGGAGUACAGCGACACCGACGGCCUGCGCACCACCAGGCUCCUGUAUGAAGUGAUUGAUAACAACAGUAACUGGGCGGUGUGCGGGAAGAGUUCAGGGGUCGUUUCCAUGCCGGUGGCUGCCAUGGCGACACACAAGGUUCACAUGGAGGUCAUGCCUCUGUUCGCGGGUCACCUGCCCUUCCCCAACAUCCGUGUGUUCAAGUACCUCCCUCACCACGCCAGCGCCGUCAUCCCCCCGGACACCGACUCGUGUCUGGAGAACGACAGUCUGUCUCUGGACGAUCAGGCGGAGACGGCGAGUCUGCGCAGCCGAGGCAGUGUCCAGUCUCUGGGCAGCGGAGAGUCUGCGCAGCCGCGGGGCCCGAUGCCCAAACGCCAGGCCUUCGGCCCCGGUCAGGUGUUCAACAGCACACAGGGCCAGCAGGUGCUAGUGCUGCCCGCCGCUGACCAUCACCUGAUGGAGGUCAACGUCACAUGACCCACCGGGGGUCGCACACGGACACAAGGCCUCCGUCACGUACUUCAUGAGACACGCCGGACCAGCUGUCUCUCAGACAUCCCAUAAUGCCUUGCAGCCCCUCCUCUGUGUGCUCAGGUGUGUGUGUGUGUGUGAGAGAGAGAGAGAGAGAGAGACACCUGCUGUACAUAAUAGAUGAGAUUUAAGAGAAUCUUCUGAACCAAAUACACUCAAUCAUAAUCACUCACACUGGGAUUCUGGGAUUUACAUAUUUAAUUUUUUAUUGAUUUUUGGAACUAAAGGUUUCCAGGGAAACGCCAGCGCAUUAUUGACUCGGACACGCCCCUUCCUGCUGAUGUCACAUGAUUGAUGCGUCGCAAUGAUGACCAUCAUUACAAAUCUCGUUUUUGUUUAUUGCAUAUGAAGAACAGUCAUAUUUCAUUCCAUUUCAGACAUGGAAAGAAAGUAAAAAAUUCAAGCUCACAUCAGCGCGUGAUUUUCAUUAUUAUGUUCAUGCAAAAAAAAAAAAAAAAUGUAUCCGAAAAAUAAUUUAUUUUUUUGCAUACCUUUUUGCAUAUUAGUUUAUUUGCAUAAAAU